AUGGCCGCGGAUAUCUCGGAUAAGGCUAUCGGCCCAACAACGGAAAAGCUUUCAAGUACCACCCCAAAUGGUGAUGAUGGCUCGGGGGAUGGAAUGACUCGGACUUUACGGAUGCAUGCGGAACACGAUAGGCAGCAACGACUCGAUUGCCUUACUCAGCAUCGCGAUCGAUUACUUCGGGAAUUAUUCAUCUUAUCCAAUCAACACACCAACGAUGACCAAUUCCUUGCGUUCAUGGAAAAUGGAGAAAAGCUCGACAAUGAAAAGUUGAAUCUUUUUCUUGAACAACACAAGCCUGCGACAACCAAUGAUCAAGUAUCAUCCGCCGACAAACAACGAAUGGCAAGACGUGUACCUCCUCCACCAGAACGCAUGGUUACUCGUGGUGUCAGUGGUGCUAUUCGUCAUCGGAGCGUUGGUGAGAUUUUAUCAGGCUUGGAUCACAAUGGAUCUCGCAAGGAAAAGAGAAGUAGUGGUGGUGAUGCUUCAGGCUUGAUGAUAAAGGCACGACGACCAGCACAACAACAACGAGCUCUCGCUUUGGCAGUAUCACGACGACCUGAUUCACGCAAUUAUCCACCACAAACCUACAAUGGCGUCAAAUUGCAUGAUUUAUCAUCGGAGAAAGAGGCACGCUUGGAUCUCUUUGCAUGGCAACUUCAUGCGAAUGCACAUCCAUUACACAAAGCAGUCCAAACAGCGCGUAAAACGGUUACAUCACAUGAUUGGAUGCUUGCAUGGGAUGAGCUUCGAUCGAUCGAGACAGUGCAAAAGAUUGAAGAGCUGAAAAAGAAAAACAAGUGGAGUUUGAGACAACUCAAGCGUCACAAGACCUUGCCUCGAUCCAAGACGCAUUGGGAUAUUAUGUUGGAUGAAAUGAAAUGGAUGCGUACCGAUUUUAAAGAAGAACGCAAAUGGAAAGUGGCAAUGGCAUAUACCAUUUCAAGGGCUGUGAUGGAUUGGCAUUGGGCUGAGGACAAGUCAACUGUUUGUGUGAAAACGCGUCGUCCACCACCACCAUUACAACAUGAUCAACAAGACGAAACGUUGAAUUUAUUCGAUCGUGCACCAUCCCCUGAUAUGAGUGAUUUAGUCGAUGCCAACGUAUCAAAGAUGAAUAUCGAACCAUCACAACCUACGCUACCUACACCACCACAACAACAAUCAACAACCUCUGAAAAUGAUCCUAUGGCUGUUGAACCAUCAUCACUUCCGCAACCCAUCAUCCAAGCUUAUCGUACAGCCAUUCGCGACCUUGAUCCCAACAUUCCUGUUUACACGCUUCCUAUCGAAGAUCUCGGUUGCUUUGACAUUCACACCCUGUUUCCCGAUUUACUCGCCUAUGAACCUCCCAACAUUGGCUGCGAUGAUCCUUACUUUAAUGAGCUCGAAUAUGGUCGCAUCACUGGAAUUUCUCAGCUUUCUACUCGAAGGAUCGUUAUCAAAAAACCAACUCCACCGCUCAGCAGAAAACGCAAUAUCGAUGGUGAGCAGAUUGCAAUGCCAGAGGAUAAGGUUGAACCAGCUUCGUUAUUACCACGACAUGAACGCUAUGAUCAAUCAUUUUUGGUUUCAGAACUUUUUGCACCACGAAAGAUACGAGAUACACCAGCAGUACAACCACGAGCACCACCACAACCUGGAUCACCACGUCAAUCAUCCGGCUGGACUGAAGAAGAUGAUUUGUGCCUUAUCAAUCAGAUCAUGCAAUUCGGAUUCAAUUGGGAGCUUAUCACCGAUACAUUUAAUGCCGCACGAACUCCCUUUACUGGUGUGACACGAUCAUCAUGGGAAUGUCAUGAACGAUGGAAACAAAAUAACCUCACCACAUUAUCGGGCCAAGUUUCAUCAGCACAAUUAUCAAAGCUUAAGAAGGAUGCGAACAGGAAAUCUCAUCGCCGAUUCGACAAUGCAAAGAGAAGACAACGGCAAUAUACUGUAUUCGAAGCCAUCAAGCAAAGUCAAAAGAAACGUGAAGAGGCACAACGGAGUACGACCAACGCACCCGCUCCUCGAAGUACUAUUGAGACUCAUGGCAUGAAUUCAAGUGGCCAACGACUUCCAUCUGCAAUGGAAAUGAGUGUACACAAGACACAGCGUGAUCGACAAGUAGCACAAAUGAUCCUAGAGCAACGGCAAUUGACUGCAGCUUAUGGAUUAGGAGGAAUACCGGGAUUAGCACGUCCUGCACGACCGCCACAAGUACAGCAGCCGGUUAAUCGGGCAUCAACACCUCAAGCACCUGCAGCUGCUGUUCCUGCUGCUACACCUACCGCUACUAAUGCAGCAUCAGCUACGCCUCGACCACCACAAAUGGCAUCUCCAGCAGGUGCUGCACAAGUAAAUGGUGUGCCUCAGCUCAAUAGAUACCCCAGUGCUGCACAAUUACAACUCUUGCGACAACAACAAAUGAUCAUGGCUGUUGCACAGGCUCAGGCUCAAGCACAAGCACAAGCACAGGCCCAAGCACAAGCACAAAAUGGUGCAGCAGCUGCCAAUGGAACACCUGUACAACGAUUUCCUCAACAAUCAGCACCACCAACAGCCACAGCAGCAGCAGCAGCAUCUCCUCAAACCAAUGCAUCACCUAACAAUGCAAAUGUCAAUAUGCAAAUGAAUCCUUUACUUGUUGCACAACGAUUAAUGCAAAUGGGUUAUCCAAUGCAGCAAUUGCCUCCCGCACAACAAGCACAAUUACAGCGAUACUUUGCUCAAUUACGACCACCGCCUCAUGGUGCAACUGCUACGGCUGCCACUGCUGCUAAUACAGCUCAACAAUCACCUGCACCUGCUGUUCCUCAAGUAUCGGCUGGUUCAUCCCCAGCAGCAACACCAUCCCUUGUGCCAAGCCCAACUCCCGCUCGUAAUGUCCCAUCUCCCCAACAACUUGCUGCUGCUAUGGCUGCCAACAAUAAUAACAACAACGCCAAUCUCUCAGCGGCAUUACUUGCAGCUCAACAGCAACAAUUCCAAAGACUUCAGCUACAGCAUCUACUUCAAAUGCAACAAGCUGCAGCUCAACAACAGCAACAACAACAACAGCAGCAGCAGCAGCAACAGCAGCAACCUGUGCCUCAGCAACAACCACCACAACAACAACAUCAACAACCAUCAUCCGAAAAUACACGAUCACAGGAAUAA